CUUAUUUUCAAACUGAUAAGACGUUGGAGUCAGGGACUGUAGCCAACUCCAACCUGUGCACUACUCCAUUCCCGGUCAGUUCGCUCGCAAUGAUGAAUCCCAUUAUGUACUUGACGAUUGUGGCAUCAGCUGCACUGAUUCCCGUGAUUUUGGGCUCACCUGUGACUAACAAACCAUUCAAUAUACCGCUAAUUCCGCCAGGACCAGCUCCUACGGUGCCAGCUGUUACACCUCUGCUUCCGUCAAAUCAAUCAGCAUCAACAAUCACAUCGGUAACACCACCAACGACAGCAUCCCCAACACUAACUACUGCAACAUCAGUUUCAAAACUCACUCCGUUUGGAGUCUCUGAAGGCUCCCCAGACGUAGUAUACGGUUUUUCCGAGAGCUCAGCAACUGUGUCGUUACCUCCAAUGACUGGUUUACUGCGUCUUCUCAUUAAAGCACUAGUUUACCUCCUUAAAUUAUUGUUUUUCGACUUUAUGGAUAGCCCAGAUUAUUCCUUUGAAUAGUUUCUAACAUAAUGAUGGAAAAUUCCUCAUUAAUGACAAUUUGUUAAUACACGUAACUCAAUAGUGCAUUACAGUACUAGAACGCAAAUUUUGCUGUCGAUGAAUGUGAAGUUUAUUCAUCGAAAACGAAAUUUAUGCUCGAGUGGUCUAUAAUCUUUUAUGCCACUUUGUGCAGCAGUCGAGGCUGUGCGAUAAACUCGACUGAUUGUACUGGGUGAUAUAAAAUUAACUAUCACGAUAUUUGAAUAUUGUAAAUCAUUGAUUUAUUGGAAUAAUAAAACAGGAGAUUGGCAGAACUGAA